AAGGCCGAACUCCCUUUCCGCUGUCGAGUGUCGACGCUCUUACUGACAGAGAGUCUCGUGCCUCUCUGCCGCCAUGGAUGCUCUGGCGUUGCUCUGCACCACAGGGCUGGUGUUUGCCGGCCUGUACUGGUUCCUGUGCGUGUUGGGAGCGGCGGAGCAGAAGGGGAAGCGGGCGGUGGAUCUGGGCGGAGGCUCCAUCUCGCGGGAGAAGGUGGAGGACAGGUACCGGCAGUACUGGGCCUUCUUCCGGAAGCCCAAGGAGAUCGAUCGCGCUGAGAAGGUGCCGCACUUCGUCGACACCUUCUACAACCUCGUCACCGAUAUCUACGAGUGGGGUUGGGGACAGAGCUUCCACUUCUCCCCUUCCAUCAAGUCCAAGAGCCACAAAGAGGCCACCCGCCUCCACGAGGUUCGCGCUGUCGACCUCCUCGCCGUCCGAGCCGGAGACCGAGUUCUUGACGUGGGCUGCGGCGUCGGCGGACCGAUGCGCGCCAUCGCCGCCCACUCCGGCGCCCGCGUCGUCGGGAUCACCAUCAACGAAUACCAGGUGGAUCGGGCCAGGAGCCACAACAGGAAGGCCGGGCUGGAUUCCCAGUGCGAGGUCGUCUGCGGCAACUUCCUGCAGAUGCCCUUCGAGGACGGCAGCUUCGACGGCGCGUACUCGAUCGAGGCGACCUGCCACGCACCCAAGCUCGAGGAAGCCUACGCCGAGGUGUACAGGGUGCUGAAACCCGGAGCGCUCUACGUGUCGUACGAGUGGGUGACCACGCCCGACUACCGGCCGGAGAACCCGGAGCACGUCGAGAUCAUCCACGGCAUCGAACAGGGGAACGCGCUCCCGGGGCUGAGGAGCUACGCGGACGUGCCGGAGAUUGCGAGGCAGGUGGGGUUCGAGGUGGUGAAGGAGGAGGACCUGGCGCUGCCACCGGCGCUGCCGUGGUGGAGCAGGCUCAAGAUGGGGAGGGUCGCCUAUUGGCGCAACAGCGUGGUCGUGAUGGUGCUGACCUUCCUGGGGAUCGCCCCCAAGGGCGUCGACGACGUGCACGAGAUGCUUUUCAAGACCGCUGCUUACCUGACCAGAGGCGGCGAGACGGGCAUCUUCACUCCAAUGCACAUGAUCCUUCUGAGGAAACCAAUCUCUUAGAAACAGAAAUGCUGAAGAAAAUGGGGAAGAAGAAAAGAGAUGGAGAGGAAAGAAGAGAAUGGUAGGAGAUAGAAUGCAUUAAAUGGUCAAAUGAUUUUCCUCCUCCUUCCGGAAAGCUCUGCUUCCUCUCUCUCCCUCGCUUUCUCUGUUUCUACACGCGAGCACGGUCUCUGUUCUUGUUUUUCUGCUUUGUCUUUCAUCUUAAUGUAUCCCUCGUUUGUUUUAUUCGACUUGCUUUAUGCUCGUUUGCUGUUCUUCAUCUCUUUGUUCCCCUAUCCUUCUGAGAAUCUGAGUUGGUGAGAGACGAGUUUAUUUUAUUGUAGAUGGGGAGGUGUCACAGAGAAGAAAGAAAGUUGAUUUCAAUGAGUUUCCUUUU